GGCGGCUGUCAGAGCCUCAGAGCCUCUCCCCCGUCACUCUCCCUCUCCAUUGUGUGGCUCUGCUUCUAACGGGUUAGUAAACCAGGGAUGAAGCUGUCCUGCACCCCCCACAGCCACAGCCAGGUCACAGCUGCCCUCCCCUGCUUCACUCCUCAUCGUUAAUAGCUCCUCCAGCCAAGGCUUUCGCUCUGCUAUCCCAAGAUCAGUAUUCACUCCUCAUCAAUACUUGACUCUUGAAUAACAAACAACGUCAGAAAUGUAUCCAGCAUCACCUUAUUUUUCGUCACCACUACAAGCAGGUACACAGAUGCUUCAGAAAGAGACAGACAGAGAUGAGUUUUCUGACGAGGCUCUGCAAAGUUCAAGCUUCUCUUUGCUACCUGGUGAAACCCCCAGUGGACUCUUCAACCUGAACACUGUGACUGGUUCUCCUUUUGUGUAUCGUCGGAGUCCUCGCCUGCUGAGCAAUGGCUAUUAUGAUCUGAGUGAGGAGAGCUUUAUGGAUGAGGAUGGAAAUAUCACACUGACCCCAUCCAAAAUGAACAUCAGUUACAAGGAGAACCUUGUGAGGAUUUUCCGGCGUAGAAGACGUGUCCGCAGAUCAUUAGCAAAUCUUUUCAACAUCAAGAGCUCUGUUUCAUGGCUAAACAGCAGUCUCUUCAGUGGGGCUGAGUGUCCCCUGGCAGAAUCCUCUUGGAUUGAUGGUGGCAGUGACUUUGAAUCUAGCUUCAGCAACAACCAGGAAGGUACCACAGACUUCAGUGAAAAAUCCUGGUUAUCGGAAGAAAAUACACCGUCAUUCAACACUGAGUCCCUAAUGAAUACUGAAGUCUGCUCCACAGAGGGUCUGUUGGUAACUCAGUCGACAGAAGGCAUUUUAGAUCUUCCUCCUCAUUCCCAAUUACUUUCUGCCAAAUGUUUCUGCAGUCACAUGCCAAAAGGUCCAGAUGCUGCAGCUGUGAAGAAUUUCUUUUUUUACCUGAUUAUUCUGACUCUCUGUGUAUGUGUUGCUGUGUUUGUAAGGUGGUUCUCAGGGGGACUAGGUACGACUUUGCUCACCUCUACACUAGUGUUUACAGCUGUGCUGUAUACAGCAAAAUCUGCAUUUCCUUCUGGUGUUAAAACCCAUGACAUCCUACGUCCUACACAAACAGAGGAAAUUACUUCAAAGAAUGAUUAAAAAAUCUUAAUUUUUUAAAAAAUUGACUUGCUAUUGCAUAUGGGACAAUCAACCAGGAAGCUGGGAAAAAAAGACCGAUGGACCUUAUUAACAAGAUAAAGGGAAAUCAAGCUACGAGAAGCAAAUCUUUGACCCUUUCUUCGGUUCAUAGUCAGGAUGAGGAUCAGGAAGACAAGUAAUGUCAAUGAUCAUGGUGCCGUGUUUAAUUGAGAAGAUAACUGAGCACCUAAUAUCCUUCUGCUCUCUCCCAACACAGAUUGAAAUUAUUUUUACCUUUUUUAAAAAAGCACAUACUAAAACAACUUGAGGGAAGGGUUGGGGGCAAUUCCCUGUCAGAACAGUGCAGGUUGAAGACCACUUUAAUCCUCCAAAAUCAGUCAAGGAACAGCAAAUCCCUCUUCCAAUCACAUAAUCCUCCACAUUCAGUUACAACAAAACUCACAUUUGUGUUGUGCUUUUCACAUUGAAGAAUAAUAGUCAAUUAAA